GAGAGCGGCUGAGUUGGUCUGUUGCUCUUUUUUUCUUUGUUUUCUUUUUAUUUUAUUUUUUUCCUUUGGUCUGUUUGGUUUACUAUACAUGUCAUAUGGGCUUCUUUAUGAUUCAGCUUCAACCCUUAACUUAUGGGCUACUUAGCCAGAACUGGUAGUUACUGUAAUUUAAAUUAUGUGACGGUUGUGAUGUGAUCCUGUUAUUAGCCCCAUAUCCAAGUUUUAAUUGCCCAUUAAUCGAUUUUCAGGAGUUUUAGGUGUUUGUUUGGUGAAUUCUAUGUUUACUGUCAACCUUGAAUAUGUGAAGAGAGCAAAUGUUGCUUGAUCUCAACUCCAAUAGGCUAAACUGUUUGGAAACUCAUGCUUCAUCAUGAUCACGGUCAAUAUCUGGAAGAAUGAAUGAUGAUAAAUCAUUAGUAACGAUAGAAUAUGUUUAGGUAACUGAUUGAUAGAGAGUUGUAUGGAUAUAUCACAUUUAUGGUUGAUGAAUUAUUGGACUAUGCAUUCCUGCUUUUGUACUAUUUUUGUCCAGAUGCAAUUACUUCAACCAUUUUGAAUAAUUGGUGCAUGCACUCGACUUCAACAAAGUUCAACAUUAGCUGAUUGCUUCACCUUACAUUUCUUUCCUCCUUAUCAGUUGCUGCAUAUUCUCUGAUGCGUGUAUCUGUAUCUAUCUGAAAUUGAAGAGAUGGAUCAACACCUGAAUUAUUCUACAUCAGGUCACUCUGAAGGUCAAUUCAAGAUUCCUUCAGUUGAUAUUCCUGCAAAAGUGGGAACUAGUGCGUGGGGGAUCCCACGUGGAAUUAGUGCAUAUACAUCAAGUGAUGUGAGCUUGUUUUCUAGCUCAUUGCCUGUCCUCCCCCAUGAAAAGUGUAUGUUGAAUUUUACUGAUUCAGAACUUGGUGGUCAAUCUGUUGACGAUAACUUGUCUAAAUUAAAUAAAGUUGGCCAAGAUAAUGAGUGUAAGGAUCCACUCGACGAGGUUGAAGCAAAUGCAAUAGGAAACAUGCUACCUGAUGAUGAAGAUGAGCUUUUAGCUGGCAUAAUGGAUGAUUUUGACCUUAGUGGUUUGCCUAGUCAGCUUGAGGAUUUGGAAGAUGAUCUUUUUGGCAGUGGAGGGGGUAUGGAAUUGGAGCCACAAGAGCACCUCAGUAUUGGUAUGUCAAAGGUAAGCAUAUCUGAUGGUGUUGCUUCAAAUGGCAUUGGUCACUAUACACUUCCAAACGGUGUGGGAGCAGCAGCAGCGGCGGCUGGGGAACAUCCCUAUGGGGAGCAUCCAUCAAGGACAUUGUUUGUCAGGAAUAUCAAUAGUAAUGUUGAGGACUCUGAAUUGAGAUCUCUCUUUGAGCAAUAUGGGGAUAUCAGAACUUUAUACACAGCAUGCAAGCACAGGGGCUUUGUGAUGAUAUCAUAUUAUGAUAUCCGAGAUGCUCGUACUGCAAUGCGUGCAUUACAAAAUAAACCUUUGAGACGAAGAAAGCUUGACAUUCAUUUUUCAAUUCCCAAGGAUAACCCAUCAGAAAAGGAUGUUAACCAAGGGACUCUUGUGGUGUUCAAUUUGGAUCCAUCAGUAUCAAAUGAUGACCUUCGUCAAAUAUUUGGGGCUUAUGGGGAGGUCAAAGAGAUCCGCGAAACACCACAUAAGAGACACCAUAAAUUCAUAGAAUUUUACGAUGUUAGAGGUGCAGAGGCAGCUCUUAGGGCAUUAAAUAGGAGUGACAUAGCUGGGAAACGCAUAAAGCUUGAACCUAGCCGCCCUGGUGGAGCACGUCGAAACUUGAUGCAACAACUAAGUCAAGAGUUGGAACAAGAUGAAAUCCGAAGCUUCCGACAUUACGUGGGUUCACCAAUGACCAACUCUCCUCCAGGUAACUGGCCACAAUUUGGUAGCCCAGGUGAUCAUAAUCCUUUGCAUGCUUUUAGUCAGUCCCCAGGUCAAGGUAAUCUGAGCCCUGUGAGCAGCAACCAUUUGCCUGGAUUGGCUUCAAUUCUCCAACAUCAUGUAUCUAACUCUGCAAAACUUGCACCAAUUGGUAAGGACACUGGAAGUGCUAACCAUGUGAACCAGAUAUUUCCUGACACUGGAUUGACGCAAGGAGCAGCCUAUCAACAUUCCCGUUCCUUUUCUGAGCAGAAGUUCAGCACAAGUCCGGGACCCUUGUCUCCAUUUGGUGAAUCAAAUCCGAAUUCAUCUGGCAUUGGAACAUUAUCUGGUCCUCAGUUUCUCUGGGGAAGUCCAGGUCCUUACUCUGAGCGUGCCAAUUCUUCUGCCUGGAAAACACCAUCUGUGGGGCACUCAUUUGCAUCCGGUGGACAGGGUCAGGGUUUUCCAUACACUAGUCGGCAAGGUUCUUUUAUUGGCUCACAUAACCAACAUCAUGUCGGAUCUGCUCCAUCUGGCGUUCCUCUUGAUAGGCAGUUUGGCUUCUUCCCAGAGUCACCAGACACAUCCUUCAUGAAUCCAGUUGCAUUUGCAGGGGUGGGUUUAAAUCGCAACAAUGUGAUGAACAUUGGUGGGCAUGCAGCUAUGAGCGCUGGUGUAGGUCUUUCAGGAAAUGUGACUGAAAAUAAUUCGCCUGGUUUCAGAAUGAUGUCAUUCCCAAGGCAUGGUCCCGUGUUCCUUGGCAAUGGUUCUUAUCCAGGAUUUGGAGCAACCAGCAAUGAGGGGUUAGGUGAACGUGGUCGAAGUCGGCGAGUUGUUGAGAAUGGCGGGAACCAGAUCGAUAGCAAGAAGCAGUACCAGCUUGAUUUAGAUAAAAUUAUCAGUGGGGAAGAUACUAGGACUACUUUAAUGAUUAAAAACAUCCCUAAUAAGUACACUUCAAAGAUGCUGCUUGCUGCUAUUGAUGAAAAUCACCGCGGUGGUUAUGAUUUUAUCUACUUGCCAAUUGAUUUUAAGAAUAAGUGCAAUGUGGGUUAUGCCUUCAUCAAUAUGGUUUCUCCUUCACACAUUAUCCCCUUCUAUGAGGCAUUUCACGGAAAGAAGUGGGAGAAGUUCAAUAGUGAAAAAGUGGCUUCACUUGCAUAUGCACGAAUCCAGGGCAAGGCGGCCCUUGUGACUCACUUUCAGAAUUCCAGCUUAAUGAAUGAAGAUAAGCGGUGUCGGCCAAUUGUUUUCCACUCGGAGGGUCAAGAGACUGGUGAUCAGGAACCUUUCCUUUCCAGCAAUUUAAACAUAUGCAUUCGUCAACCAGAUGGGUCUUAUUCAGGAGAUUCAUUGGAUAGCCCAGAUGAGAAGCUGGAGAGAAAUUAAAAGUGUAUGGCAUCUUACUUGUAGCCUUAAGAAAUGGGGGCUAAUAGUUGCUAACUGUUGUUUAGGUAAAGUGUAUAAAGUCGAAAGAGGACCAAGUAACGGUUGUAUAAUUGUUUGAAUUGUUGGCAUUCUCCAUUGAUGGGUACAGGAGAAAUUUCAUGAGGAUGUAUCGAAGGAAGAGCCGGAGAGCAUUUUGUUUAUAUGUAGAGCUACAAGAUGUUAAUUAACCAGAGGGAGAUGGGAGGGUGGGGAAGAAUAACGUGAAGCAUAUUGCUGAAUUGUGAAGUCUUAUGCAGCCAUAUGCCGGUUUGUGCAGUAUCUCAGUUUUUGAUCUGGGUCUGCCUUUCAACAACAUUUGCAAAUAUGAUUACCUGUUAAUGUGUAAAUGUCUUUUCGGGUUUUUUUGGGCUGUAAAAAAAAACUUUGUACAGAAGCAAGACAGACAGAACCAUCAUGUUCUUGUGUGACUUAGUAAAUAAGCUAUUGUUGUACAUAUGUUUUAUUACUCACUGGAGCUUAUUUUUAUCUUCAAAGGCAUAUAUAGUCAUCAAUAUGGUCAAGUCGUUGCAGUUUCAGGGCUUGUUUGCUAUUGCUCUUUAGAAUGUAAUUUUACAUUUUUGUUGUGAUAUGACAUAAAAGUGAGUAAUUUUACGUGUUGAGUUGUUUGUUAAUA